AAAUUUGAAAUAAAAAUCUAAAAAUGCCAAUGCCCAAACAAAAGUUCCAGCUUUCCUGGUGUUCAUAGCUGGCACCAGCUUGGGCUCCUAGUUAUUGCUCACGCGUCCCCCUAACUCUCUCCAUACCCUAUUGCUUUGCUUUAAUAUCUCUUUCACUAAAGUUCAAAAUACACUUCUCAUUCUCUUUCUCUCUAUAUAUAUAUAUAUAGCUCACUCCUUAACCCUCUUACACUCACUCUCAUACCAAUCAAAUUCUCUAUUCUCUCUUGUGAACUCUUUCUGAAAUGGGGUUUUCAAAUGGGCUUUCUAUGAUUGUUGUUCUUCUUGGUUUAGCAUUGAGCUCUUUGGUUUCUGUGGUCUCUGGUAACUUUAACCAAGAUUUUGACAUAACUUGGGGUGACAAUAGGGCCAAAGUGUUCAAACAAGGCCAGCUUCUUUCUCUUUCUCUGGAUAGAGUCUCUGGCUCUGGUUUUGUGUCCAAGAAAGAGUAUAUGUUUGGCAGAAUUGAUAUGCAGCUCAAGCUUGUAGCUGGAAACUCUGCUGGAACUGUCACUGCCUAUUAUCUUUCUUCUCAAGGGCCUACUCAUGAUGAAAUUGAUUUUGAGUUCUUGGGAAAUGUUACUGGUGAACCUUACAUAUUACACACCAAUGUGUUCACUCAAGGCAAGGGAAACAGAGAACAACAAUUCUAUCUCUGGUUUGACCCCACAAGAAACUUCCACACUUACUCAGUUAUCUGGAAACCCCAACACAUUAUUUUCUUGGUUGACAAUACUCCCAUAAGGGUGUUCAAAAAUGCUGAAGCAGUUGGUGUUCCUUUCCCCAAGACUCAACCUAUGAAGAUUUACUCAAGCCUUUGGAAUGCUGAUGACUGGGCCACAAGAGGAGGAUUGGUCAAAACUGAUUGGUCAAAGGCACCCUUUACAGCAUACUACAGAAACUUCAGUUUCAAGGACUUGAAAUCUUCCAACUCGUUAAUGGCUGACUCUACUUGGCAAACCAAUGGGCUUGAUGGCCCUGGUAGGAGAAGACUCAGAUGGGUUCAGAAGUACUUCAUGAUUUACAACUACUGUUCUGAUCUAAAACGUUUCCCACAAGGUUUUCCUCCUGAGUGCAGACAAUCAAGGUUUUAGAAAAGAACUCACUAGUCUUUGUGGUGGUUUUGGCUAUGAAUUGAUGAGGUUGUACUAUAGGAUAUGACUGUUUGGUGGUAAUUCUUUGUUUCUUGUUGUUCUGUUCAAUUCUGUUCUGUAUAAAAGAAUGCUUUUUUUUUGUUGCUUUAGCUUUAUGAUAAUGAUGAUGCCUUGAUCUUUGGGGUGUUCAAUAAAUUAAUUUCUUUUUUUGUUAUAAAUAAAAUUUGUUUACAAUUGGGAUUA